UUUUAGAAUAUCUUGAAAUAGAAGAAAAACUUAUAAUAAUAAUAAAAUAUUUAGAGCUAAUUAGGGUUUCCAUUAACAAUAUAGUUGAUCAUCAAGAAAAUGUAUAGUGGCCUACAGGUUUGUAAUUCAGCACCAAGAUUGGAAAAAAAGUAUGUGGAGAAGAAUAGAAGGAACAAGAUGAAGACCCUCUUUAACCAACUUCUUUCCCUCCUCCCACCUCACCCCUCAAAGUUACAGGAAGAAAUGGCAUUGCCAAAUCAAAUAGAUGCAGCAAUAACUUACAUAAAAAGUUUGGAAAUGAAAUUGGAGAAGAGCAAAAUGCAAUUGGAAAAAUUAUUGAGGAAGAGUCAAAAGAGGCCCAAUUUAUUAUGCAUUGCAAAUCAUGAUCCAAAUUCAAGUAAUAGCAAAUUAUCAUCUCAGAUUGAAAUCCAAGAAAUGAGCCCAACAAUGGACUUAAUUUUGACGACUGACCUUGAUAAUUUAGCUAUGUUUUAUAACAUAAUUAGGUUACUCCAUGAGGAAGGUUUUGAAGUAAUUAAUUCAAGCUUUUCACUCCAUGGGAACUCUAUGUUGCAGAUUUUCCAUCAAACUAAGGUUAUUGGGAACUCAACAAAAGAAUGUAGAGCUACAAGGGUGUAUAGAAGAGUGAAGGAAUUGCUUAAUGGAUCUUCUUCUUCUCCUUCAAGUGAUGAUAUUAUUGAAACCCUACUGAGUUCAUGGGACCAUGAGAUUCAAUCUGAAAUGCUAGGGUUAAUUUGAUGUAAUAGAUUUAUUACCAACAUAACUCACUAGCGUAAAAGUUAAACUUUACAAUAAAUUAUAUUAAUCAUU